AGUGUGAUGACGCAUGGAAAAGCCGUACUAUUACGGACAGGCCCGGCGAGCGAAACUAACACAUGUAUUGUGAAUUGAAAUGCAUCCUUAUGUGUAGUUAUAAAGGUUAGGCUUAGCUCACACUUUUUUUAGUGAUAGUAACGUAAUUAGAUAAAUUGCGGCUGUGUAAUAAUUGCACGACGAUUGUAAAUAUCAAUUAUGCGCAUGCGCACAGAAUUGUUUUUUACCGAUAAGCAAUUGGCCAAUUAUAGGACCUUUGACGUACAAGAUGGCACCAUGGCCUGAGAAAGGCAACGAACCCAAGGCGCCCGAUAAAUUUGGUCAAAUUGAUGACAGCUUAACGCCUGAUGUUCCAAAAGUGAAUUUAGGUUUGCCAACUAACGUGGAUGUUAGUGUCUCAGCGUCUAGAAGCGAUGAGAAACAGAAUGAAGACAAAAAUUCUGGCGUAUCAAAUUUAGAUGAUGGCCAAUUGAAAGCUCUACUUGAUGAAGCAAUAACAUACAAAUGUCCAAAGGAUCGUGAAGGAAAGAGUAAUCUUUUUAGAGAACUACUGCAGGAAGUCGAGGCAGAUGACUCGAAAGAUGAGGACACACAUCGUGGGAACUUAAUACGGUCGAAUGAUAUUGGCAGUUGCCGAUAUAUCACAGGCAGUCGACGGAAGAACAAGAGGGAUGGUGGAAUUUCAGAACGCCAGACUAAAGGAGGAUCACUUCAAAAUUUAGUGCAAGCCUUCAGUUCUGAAUUUGAUGGUGCAACAAACCUGGGGUAUUUUACAUCAGGCCAUGCUUGUGGAGGCGGCCGCCGCAGAUCCAAGAAGAACAGUUGCAAUCGUGAUGGUGUGAGUGUGAGUGCGAGGCAGCGAGAAGGAGGUUCACUUCCAAGCAAUGUGAAUGUUGGAGGCGUGCAUGGCAGUGGACUUCUGACACUCACUGGUUUGGAACUCACGCCAAGGUCUUAUCUCCAUCCAGAUGAGUCAAAAACUUGUUGCUCAAAAACGGCAAUGUCAAUUAAACGUAAAGAUAAAACUAACCAUUGCUCUUUACACCUUCCUAAUGAUGAUCUUAGUGCAUCAGUCCAAACGACCACGUCUCCAUUAGGAGAUGAUGUUGCUUGUCAUUCAUUGUCGAAAAAUGAUAUUAUGGUGAUAGAGUUAGGAGACUUUAGUGUUUCUGAUGAUAGCAAUAGAAAUGUUCCUGAACAAAGUGGUGUUAGUAACCAUUAUAAUGAGAUAGGCAAGGAUGGUGAACUGCAAAUGAACCAAGAGAAGGAACUAAGUGGUGAUAUAAUGGGUGAUGACAUCUGUUGUACCAGUGGAAAAUUGGGGGAUGAUGAAAGUGUGGAAACAGAAGUGAUUAAAAACCAUGAUGCAAGAAUGCAGGUUAAUUACACGACACUUGCAACUCUAGAAGUGAGUAAUGAUAGACUUCAAGAAUGUAACGGAGAUGUGGACAGCUCUAUAAGGUUUCCUUUUCCUCAGGGAGAUAGAGAUGAUCGUGUCCAGUAUGGAGUAGACGUGAACCCCCUGCAACUUACUACUUCGUACAACUCUGUGAAGUGUGUUUUGGGCUCCUCUAGCACAUCAUCUGCUUAUGCUGCCAGCCCUAGCACUAGUACGAGUAUUCGUGAACCCGACCGAUCCAUCAAAGGUUGGGAAAUGCGUGCUUCUGUGAUGUAUUGUACUGGCUCAGAACUUUACAGAAAGGCACCUUCAAGUGACACUACUAAAACUUCCAUGAUACAUCCAAAUGUCUAUCCAACGCAUCACUUAAGUGUAUUAUCCAUCCCACCUAAUCACACUUGGAUUACAUCUCUCGGACCAACUGGAGAAGGUCGAUUAACAUUUCAUGGAAGCAAAGAAAUGGAUUCAAAAUGCAAGUCAUUGGAUGAAAAUGGAAAUUCUGUCUCGCAAGCAUGUCGUUUAGAAGUGAUUGGUAACAAUGAAAGGAAAAGUAAGCAACGUCGUGCGAAGAUAUUCAAUGAUCGGAACGUCAUAAUGUCGCAGAACAUUGAAGGUCACAGAGGUGAUAAAGACAUAGAUUCUCUCAUCAAGUUUAUAGAAUCUGAUACAGAUGGCAAAGGAAGACAUAAGCACACUUCUCACAACAGUGGUCCUUUGCCCUUGAGCAGCAAGCAACAGCGCAGCAGUGCUAAGAAAGAUGAUUUAGGAAGCAUCAAAAGUAAGCGUGAUGGUAUUCAUGAUGAUGAACGGGGGUGUAAAUCUAGAAUCCAAGGAGUGAAACACAUGGCUAAAGAUAAAUGCUCAGAGAAAAACAAGUUGAAGAAGUCAAACAGUUUAGAAGAAAUUAGCAAAAGUAAAAUAGAGGAUCUUAUGUCAUUUACGAGUGCCGACAGUAAUGUUGCAGUUUCCGUGGUGAAUGUAAAAAAUGCUAAACGUUCACAUUUAGAUAAUAACUUUGUUGCUAUAAAUAAGAAAUAUGACUCUAGUCGUGAAUUGUGUAGUGACGACAAUCAUUCGUUGUUUACUCCUACAUCUACUAGUGUAGAUCAAUAUUUUUCUCCGGCUAUAACAUUUUCAGAAGGCAAACGGUGGCGAUCUUCAGAAGAAAAGAAUAAAGCUUAUAGGUCACCUUCUAAAGAAGAGAGUGCAACAACAAGUGUUCAAGUUGAAGAGAUGGAAUUCCACGUAGUUACAAAAAAGCAGCGACGCAAAAAGAGAUCUGGCAGCAGUGGAGGGAAGAGUGGGAUAUCUUUGUUUGAUAUGCCCAAGCGCAACGGGACAAGUUAUAUGGGACAUGUUUCUAAGGAUUUCCUGUCACAUCAAACUCAGAAAGGAAGUGGAUUUCUCCCUCAUGACCACAUGGUAAAUAGUAGUGAAGUGUCUGGAGUUUUGUACCAAUACAGACACCACAGGCCUCGCUCGCCAGAACACCAGCGACGGAAGUCUACGUCAAGUAUGCCCCCGUCAGAAAAAUCUGACAGCAGUGAUCUUGAUAGUGUUCACUCUCUUCCAGUUUCCUCAACAACACCAAGGCUAGCUCUUGACAAAACUUCUACUUCAAGUGGUUCCACACCACAAGCAUCUUACGCAGAUAUUGCACGCAUGGCUGCGACUAACAUUGUUCCGGUAACAGGAACUUGUUGUUCUAACUUAAAUAGUUCCAAGUUGCCUUCGGUGAACUCAUCAAAAAUGACAGGUCUAGUUUGUUCUGGAGGUUUGUCUGGUUCUAUUGUACCUGCUGUACCAGCUGGUUCUAAAAAUACCAUUGGUACACUGCCUGUAAGUGCUUCUAAAGUUGUAUUUGUGGGAAAUGUAACUGAUCCUGUUUCAUUUUCCGAGGAAACUUUACCGUUUGAUUUCAGUUUGGAAACUGAUAAGUCAGGAAAUCAGCAGAAUGAAAUGGGUAAAAAGAAAGAUGCCAUGACUAAUACAACUUUGGACUAUAAAUUAAUAUCUCAUAAUUGUAUAGAAGACUCUGUUAGGUCUGAUAAUUGUGAACUUUCCCAAGCAAGUGUGUUAAAUGAUUAUUAUCCUUCACUUGAAGAAAGUUUGUUUGUGGACAAAUGUGAUAGAAAGUCUGGGAAAAUAAGUAACACUUCUUUUCCAGCUCGUUUAUUAGUCGAUAAUGUAAAUGUUCCUAUAAGUUCUUUAGUCAAGAAAUAUGUAGAUAUCGUGUGCACAGACCAAACUAGUGUUGUAGAUGUACAUGCAGUGAACUCUGAAAAUACUUCAUCCACAAAUGUGACAGUUGACAGUGAAAGUAGUGUAAAGAAAACAUCAAAAACCACUGGAGCUAGUGACACAAAAGAUAAUGAAAUGGAUUUAGAAAGACAACUUUCUCUUCAGCUAUGCAUUCAGGAAUCUGUGUUUAAAAUAAAAAGUGAUGGUGACAACAUCGCUCCAACAGAAGACUGUAGCUUUAAGGCAGCUAAUUAUGCACAAUCAGUGAAGCUAAGAAGUAAAACAAAAGCAAUUCCUAAAGCCAAAAAUAAUAGAAUUCUUAGCUAUUCUUCUGGAAGACCACCUGUUAUCUUAAUGAACGAGUCCCUCCGCGAAGGGUUAGCUUUUGAUAGUGACCUGACAUUUGGUUUUGAAGUAAAUGAACAGUUGUUGCUUUCUAAUGGGGAAGAAGAACUGUGUGAAAAUGCUGCAUUUCUAAUAAGUGAAAAGCCUAGUAGCAGGGAGAACAAUGCGACUGUUGAAGAGCUGCCACAAAGUAAAUUCAGCAUCGAAAAGUUUUUGGCACGAUUUCAAAAACCAAAUGCCCAAGUCACAGAUGAUAAGAUUGUCAACUUUGUUGGUUACGCGUGGAAUGAUGUUAUGAAAGAAGUGAAUUCAGCUGACGGUAAAGUGCAAUACUACACUGGACAAUGAUGGUCGUGAAUCUUCUUCUCUACGAGAAUUGUGUAACAUAAUGUAAAUAUUAACCUAUUUAUAAAAGUCGUUACUUUGUUUGUUAAACUUUGUGAUAUUCAAUAUUGAAAGUGAAAAAUCUUAGUUGCAUUUAUGUGGAAGAGCAUACCAGAUUAAGACUAAUAAGAAACAUCUGCUAGGACUGUUGCCAGACAUUUGUCACUUGCAAAAAGUGUUUAUUUUUCUUUGUGAAAGACAAUUCUAAUAUUAAUAUUAUUUAAAACCAAUAUUAAACAUGUAUCUUUAUAACAUUCAACACAGAUAUAAAUUUUUUUGCUUUAGAUAUAUAUAUUUUUUAAAUAAACAUUUCUCCUUAGUUACAUUUACAACUGCCAAUUUAAAUGUUCUGUUGUGAAUAUACUUUUUUUUUUGAAUUCCUAAACAAAAGUAUUUCAGCAUUAGUGACAAUAACUAGACACAUUUCAAGGGCUUUUGAAAUCCAUAUCUUUUUCUGUAACAGCAUAAGUUAUUUUUAGAAAGCAUAGUAUAUUUGAUGGAUGCGAAACAACAGAAGUUAUCAUAGGGCUAUAUUACCAAAUUUGUGUUAUGAAAGGCACGUACCAAUAAUUAUUGCCCUAUUCUGUAUUGGUAUUCAAAUUGUCAUGUUUCAGUCAGAGUUAUGGGAUUGUUAAAUGCUGUAAUUGAACUCUCUCUUCCCUCUAUGGUGAAGUGGUGUGUGAUGGUGCUUCAGGUUAAUUGUUCCACCCCAAGUGUUAAGAGCCAUUACGUUAUAACUUUAUGUGUGCACAUUUGUGUGUGUUAUUUCUGUGAAAUUGAGUUCUUGUUUUUCAUAUACAAAAAUUUAAUGUUAAAAUAUUAAUAUAUAAUUUAUAGUUCAAAAUAUGUCGAUUCUUAAAGGCUAUUGUGCAUUGUAUAUAAGAUUUAUUUUGUGUUUAAAGUGAGAUGUAUAAAUGUUUUCAUACUAUUAAUUUCGAACUUCCCGUUUUGUUGAAAAAUAUCAACAGUAUUUUGUAUCUGAAGCUUGCAUAAGAUUUAGCACAGCCAUGCCAAGUGUGUGCAAUGAAAAUAGUUAUUUAUUUUCAUUGUUAAAUGGUUAUGAAUAUUUAGUAAUUGUAAGGCUUGAAAGUGUGAUGAUGACUUACCUAUGCUGCUGUGGGCAUGAGGUCUUAUAUUAAGAAAAUCUGCAUCUUAAAAUUGUUAGUUUCACUAUAACUGUUUAUUUUGAUAGUAAAAUUUUAUAGGAUUAAAACCAUUGUUCUUUUCUGUAGCAAACAGUGAAAAUACAUUAUUUUCAAACAUUUUAAAAUAAAAGUGGCUUUUUAAAACAACCACCCAAAAGCUCAGAAAGUUUCAAAGCGUUUUUAAGGUCUUAGUAUUCAUAUUGUUUUGUAUUAAUUUGAGAUUUGUUAAAAUUGCACAAAUACUUCUUGAACUUCCAAGGCUUGAUUAGUCCUUUCGACUUACUACCUGUAUGUGCAUAGUUUUAUUGGCUUUGGACAUACAUACUUAAAUUCUCAUGUCAAAUGUUAUAAAACUGUGUACACCUUGUUAGUGAAUUAUUAUGGACUUGAAAGUGCUUAAUGUGUAUUUAAAUUUUGAGUUUGUUACUUUCAUCUAGAAAAAUCACAUUGGUAAAAACAUGAAAAAUUGUAUUUAAUGUAAAUUUAUUGUGUAUAAUGUAAAUUGACUAUUAAAUUGAAGUUUUCUUAUUUAAAUUUUUUUGAAUUGUCCUUCACAGUAAGUAUCACUUCAGUAAAUUUGUCAUGAUCAUAGUUUACCACAAAAUGGCCAAAUAAUAAUUUAUAAUGUUAUAUAGCUUUCUUAGUUUCAUUGAACAAAUGGUGCCUUUUGAUCUUCAAUUUACAUUUUGACAUAGCAUCAGUGCAUUUUAAAUUCUGAAUAAAGUGCACUAUUUGUUUUCAGUGUGCAAUAAGCAUUUAUUAUUUACUGUAAAGAAUAAAUCCUUCAUAAAAACAUCAUGGAGUCUUUUAUUGAAUAAAGUGAAAACAAACAUUUUGUGAAAUUUUAUGUUCAUAUUGGGUAUUUGGAGGGUACUUAAUUUUAGAAGUUGAAUACGAUGUAGCAAUACUCACAUUGUUAUUAGAGACAGUUAAAAUUUGUAUAAGUGAUACGUAUAAGCUAGAAUAAAAGUGACAGAAGCACUUUUUGGUCACAAUGUUUCUACAAAUGUUUUUUCUGCAUCUAUUGAAGUAAACAUACAUUCACUGACUGACUGACUGACUGAAGCAGGAGAACAUAAGUAUAAAAAUGGAAAGGUGGGCCAAUGUAUACAAAGAAAAUGGCAGACCACCACCUCUUGUUUACGAAGUAGUAUCCUGUCGACAACCUCCCUUCAAACCCUCCCGUACAAUCACGGUACCAUUUGCAAAUUUAGUUUAUAUUGGGCUUAAUUGUUUCUGGUUUUCUAUUCUUUAGUGUAAUUCUUC